AUGGCCAUGGUGCGGAAGAUCGACCGAGAGUCCGGUCACGCUUACAUCUUGGAGGAAAUCGACGACAGAACCUGCCUGGUUAAAGAGAACAAGGUGGAGGAGAUUAAGGCCAAGGUCAAGGAGCUGAUGGAUGCGGCCAUGGGGAUGGAUGAAGACGUCAACGAUGACAAGGACAGCGACCUCGACUGA